ACGUAAUCUUGUCACCGCGAUAACCCUUUUCACAAACCAGCGACCAACGAACACAUUGAUUGUAGAUGAUAGUGAACUUUUCGACAUUUUAUUGAAAUGUAUAAACCGCAACCGCUGCGCAACCACGACGAGGACGUGGAACAUGGCCACGACAGUGAGGAGGCGCAACAGCGUCACGCACACGCACUGCAAAUGUGCCUGUUAUCGGCAUUUCUGCUCAUCUUUUUAGCCGGCACCGCUUAUCACACGAAGCCAUUACCGCUAAGAUCUCCACUACAGCAACUGCAGCGGCGUGACAAUCAGAAAUACAAUUGUAAUCUGACGCUUGUGGAAUCCAUACCCAUUGGCCUGAACUUUACACCCGGCAGCCCGCAUUUCCCUAGCACCUUCGAUGCCUGGGAUCAGCUGUUGAAUCUGACCAAAUCCACGCUGGAUAUUGGAAGCUACUAUUGGACGCUGCGUGGUGAGGACACGGGUUUGAAUCACAGCACCGCUCAUCCAGGUGAACAGAUAUUCCAGCGUCUCCUAGCCAAUGGUGUGGGAGAUGGACCCAAGAUCAAAAUACGUAUAGCACAAAGCUCACCGUCGAGAGUAUCACCUGAUCUGGAGACACAAAUCCUCGCCAGCUAUGGUGCCGCCGAAGUGGUUACCUUGGAUUUCCCCAAAUACUUGGGAGCGGGCAUCUUGCACACCAAACUCUGGAUUGUGGAUAAUGAGCAUUUCUAUUUGGGCAGCGCCAACAUGGAUUGGCGUGCUCUCACCCAGGUCAAGGAGCUGGGCGUGCUUGGCCGGAAUUGUCCGCAGCUAACCAGCGAUUUGGCCAAGAUCUUCAAGGCCUAUUGGUAUCUAGGCAGCAAUGAGAACGCACGCAUUCCAUCCUCCUGGCCCUAUGAUUAUGGUACCAACUAUAAUCUGGAGCAACCCAUGAUGCUGAAUGUGCUCAAGGAUGCCAACACAAACUAUACGAUGCAAGCAUUUGCUGCCAGCUCGCCGCCUCCGCUCUCUGCCACUGGACGCACUCAUGAUCUGACUGCCAUUCUGAACUCGAUCAAUUCGGCGCUGCAAUUUGUGCACAUCUCGGUCAUGGAUUAUUUCCCGCUCAUCAUCUUCGGACCAAAGCUACAGUAUUGGGCGGAGAUUGAUAAUGCGCUGCGCACGGCGGCCGUGGAACGCGGCGUCUCGGUGAAGCUGCUCAUCUCAUGGUGGAAACACUCCGAUGCCAGCAUGGACAACUAUUUGCGCUCUCUUCAGGAUCUAUCCAUGACAAGUCGCCAACAUGUGGACAUACAAAUUCGUCGCUUCAUUGUGCCCGCGGAUGAGGAUCAGCAAAAGAUUCCCUUUGGACGUGUGAAUCACAACAAAUACAUGGUCACCGAUCGCGUCGCCUACAUUGGCACCUCCAACUGGUCAGGAGAUUACUUCACAACCACAGCCGGCAUUGGUUUGGUCUUUAAGGACACUCAACCAAGUGCUGCGGCAUCGCUGCGCAAUGAUCUUGUGAGCAUCUUUAAUCGCGACUGGAACAGCGCUUUUGCCAAAGAAUUGUCUUAG